GGUCCGCAACGCACUCCGGCCACCAACCACCGGCUACAUCUGUUUUGCUCCGACUGGAGUUCGCUUUUGUUCGACUUUCAAACUAUCCGUUUGAAUCAAACCAUUACCCGGCGAUGACGGUGGGUUGGUAUCUAACUACCAACUAGGUAGACGCAGCAGCUGCUCUCCUGCUUCCCAUCAGUCCGUGUGGUGUUCCUUCAUCCAUGCUUCUGCCGUAACAAACGAGACUCAGCAAGAACAGCAGCAACAAGCGGAGGAAAGCUUCGCCCGACGCCCGGAGAGAGGGGUUGCGUUGAUGUUAUUUCCAAUUUGGUUAGAUUUGGUUGGCUGAGUUGUAUCAUUGUAUUUCAUUUAUGUAUAUAUGUACGUGGUGCGCACGAGGUGGUGGUGGUGGUUUUCGGGUCUUUCGUCCUGCGUUCGAAGCGGGGUUGCACAGCCGUCUCGCUCUGGUGACCGGUCGACGAUGGGGUUUCGGAAAGGACCAUCCAAACCGCCCCUUUGGUUGGUUGAAUGGCUUUGGCUGUGGCUGUUAUUGGGCGAGCGAGAGAUACACGCUAAGCGGUGUGUCCAAUGUAGCACACAGUAUCCAGGGAAGAUGGAAAUUGUUAAAACAUUUUGAAUCAGUAGCAUAUGAAGGUUUGGCCGGUUAUGACGUUUUCAGGGGAAGUGACGCUGUCGUGUUCGCGAGAAUAUCUUUCCACUCAUUCGUGGUCUCUAGGCUAGACCGGGCGGUUCUCGAGUGGUUUCCGGGGCAACUGCAGAUCUUGACGUUGAGAUAAUGUUUCAAUUUGUUUCAAGUGGAACUACAAGUGCCGAUCGAUAGUUUUUGUGCUGGGAGAAAAGCUGAAGUGUGUUUCGGUGGUUUUGUGUUGAUUGAGGGUCAAGCGUGAAAAGGGCGAUCCGUCAUUAGUGUCACAAUUUCAGAAAGCCGCUGGUUUUAUCUGCUGGUGCAAAGUGUAAACAUUGUCGCUCUGGUCAACGGUGGUAGGGUGGUCGAAAGAUUUUCGAAAGUGAUAACGGUGGAACAAAAGUGAAGUGAAAAUGAGUUUACCCAGUGGCGUUGAUAUGUCUAAUCUGAUGCAACAGCAUCCGGUUCUAGGGGCGUUGCCCCCGGCUUUCUUUCUACGGGCGGCAUCGGAACGAUACCAGAGGACACCCAAAUGUGCACGAUGCCGGAAUCACGGUGUGGUAAGCGCCCUGAAGGGUCACAAGCGGUACUGCCGCUGGCGGGACUGCGUCUGUGCGAAGUGCACUCUUAUCGCCGAGAGGCAGCGGGUCAUGGCGGCUCAGGUGGCCCUCCGCCGGCAGCAAGCCCAGGAAGAGAACGAGGUGCGCGAUUUGGGACUUUUGUACACCGGUGGGGUGCACGGGGUGGGCCAACCGGUGACCGAACCGAACGGGCAACCUCCGCAGUUUCACACGAGGAUACCUUCACCGCCGAACGACUCGGAAGGACGAGGUGGAUAUGGCGUUACAGAUGACACAGACAACCCUCGACUCCGGCCGGAGCGCAUAAACUCCGCCUAUUCCCCGGAGCAGAGCGAGCCGGACAGCCCCGGUAAGUACCGCUAUACUGCAAUUCAUACAUACUAACAUUGUAGGUAGUGUUGGCAAAACACGGUCGAUGAAUUUAUUAUUACACUUUCAAGCUUGUAAUAUUUUGUGAUUAAUGACACUCGAUAAACACCGCACCGUCGACGAGUCCUGCGAGUGUGCUGCUCCUGCCUACAAGGCACGGCGUGCGGCAGCGUUGUUGGAAGGUAGGUACCGGAGAAAACAUGGCACUCUCGGAAAUGAUGGUUGUUGCCACUGCCAUGCGCAGCGUACCGGUUGUUUGGUGGAAUAAUAAAUGACGUUAAUGUCGCAUAGCGGCCGUGGCAAGUUGAAUCUGCCUCCGCUUUGUACCUACUCAUAGCAUGGCCGCAUGAUAGAACGUGGUUGUUCAACUUCAACACUUUGUAUUUCAACGGUGACACGAAGUUUUCAAGUGGCAUUGGAACCAACCAACAUUGGAAGCCACUUGAGGGGUCACAAUUCGGUACAUUGUUGAUCGCGUGAAGGACUUGCCAAGAUGUUAUUGUUGCAGCGAGCAGCGAAUGCAUUUUUUCCCGGUCAGUGUUACAAAUUGACGAGUUGUGCACUCCGUCACGAACAUUGACAUGAUAAAAUGAACUGAUUACAAUAGCAAGAAGACGAGUAGUACAAAAAUCGAGUGUAUCUACAUCUACAAACUGUUUUCAAGUGGCUUGUGCCGUUUAAUAGUUUUUUAGGCAACGAGUUGCAAACAGGUGAUUUUUCUGCAAGAGUCGUACAUUUAUAGAACGAGGCUUGCCGAGGUAACGGUCCCUAGUUGCAUCCAACUAAGCUUUCAAAUUAAAGAAAAAAACAAGUUUUCACAGAUUCAAGCUGCCCUAGAGAUAAAGUCUCUCUAAACAAAAAAACCCAGAUCAAUCCACCUAGUGGUGAUAGCGCCUUUCUCGUCGAAUAUACCCACGAACUUUCCGUCGGUGUUAGCCAAAAUGUUCCUGAAUCCUGAAAACACUUUUUAUAGAAAAGCAACAAUUUUAACGAUGCCAUCAUCGAUUUGGGAAACUUAUUGAUGGUACAUAUUCCGAUGUAAAGUUCAACAGCAAAACAGAGCUGAAAAAUAUCAGACCUCUCAGUUGACUGCUUGACCACCUCAACCCUAGUCAUGUAUUGGGGUCAUAAUGACUCCAUUCCAUGUAUCACGGCAGCGGGGUGAGCGUCAGCUAAUGCAUAUAUGUAGAAGGAUAACUUUAUUUACAAUCACAGAUCACUUUGUGAUCUUCGCCAAUGUUUAUUUCAGCACACUUUAGGCUAUAUUGUAUUACCAUUAACACGAUUCAUGUAAAAUUUGACCCUCUUACGAGAAAAAUGCAGAAAAUGUAAAUUUUCCAUUCAAAUUUCAAUCGCAAUGAGAAGAGCGAGGGCUCAACUAGCCGCACCCAAAUUGUGAGCAGUAAUUUUAGAAGCCAAAGGAGAUUGAAGAUUUAAAAGACUGUAAAAGGUGCGAUUAAAUUAUAAUUUUUCAUAAAAUGUUGAUCCAUCCUACUAUACACUUACAUCGCUGGAAUCUGAAAUGGUGUGAUUUGAAGAGAUCGCUUUGGUCACGAUUUUGUUCUUUUGCAUAUAUGAAGACUUUGACCAUUUCUUCACUUAUAAUCUUACUCAACGUUUACAGGCUAUCAAAAAAGCCACGAUUUGAUUUAUCGCUUUGACAUUUAUUUUGUUCACUUUAAUAAUUCCGCUAUUCAAUGUGCAGCUUGCAUGGGUUUUAUUAAAUUUUACGUUUGUCCACUUCCGGUGGGACACCUGGAAACGAUUCCGGUUAUCUCAAAUAUGGUCUGAGACUAUGUUCUUGUCAACUGUUCAUCGGGUUACCUAAAAAGCUGAACAUUAAUGUGAUUUUCUUGCUAACCGUUCAGCAAAUUUUUGAAAAAGCCACGAUUUUAUGUAUCGCAUGCAUGAUUUUGGCUUACUUCUACUAAAUCACUUCCGAUGGAAUACCCGCAACCGAUUCCGAAAUACUUUUACAAGUUCUAGAUGGCUUGAGACUAUUUUCUUCUUGACUGUUCAUCAGAUUAUCAAAAACGCCGCUAUGGUUUAGUUCACGUCUAUAUUUUACCACUUCCGGUGGGUUAUUCGCCUCGUCACCAGUUCUGGAACACUUCCAGUUCUCCCAAAUAUGGUCUGAGAUUAUUCGUUAGGUAACCGUUUUUCAUGUUACUGAAUAAGUCAUUGAUAUGUCACAUGUAUUAGUUCUCUAUUACAUUUGACCAUUUCUGGCGGGACACCCAGAAUCUGUUCCGUAACACACUGAUAUGGCUUGCGUCUAUUGUCUUGCAACUGUUCUUCAUGUUACCUAAGAAGUCGUGAUUUGAGAUAUCGCAUGCAUGGGUUUGGUUUCACUUCCGGCUCGGAAGCAGUUGCGGAACACUACCGAUAGUCUCUUAAAUAGUCUGAGCCUAUUUGCUUGCAAACGUUUAUUAGGUUAUCAAAAAAGCUGCGCUUGCUGUGUCUCAUGCAUGAGAUUGGCUCAAUUUUAUAUUUAGCCGCUUUCGGAGGGAAACCCGGAACUAGUUUCGGAACUACUGACAGUCCAUAAUGUGAUCUUAGCAUACUUCCUUGAUAACCGGUCAUCAAGUUGUCGGAAAAGCCGUGAUUUGAUGUGCCACAUGCAAAAGUUUUGCCAAAUUUUAUAUACACCCACUUCCGGCGGAACUACCGGAACCGGUUCCGCAACACUACUGGUUCAGAUAUAGUCUGAGUAUUUUUUUAUGCCAACCUUACAUGAUCGAAAAAGCCGCGCUUUGAUAUGUCACAUGCAUGGAUUUGGUUCACUUUAAUAUUUGGUCACUUCCGGCGAGACACCCGGAACCGGUUCCGGAACACUACCUGUUCAGAUAUUGUCUGAGACUGUUUUCUUGCUAUCUGUUCAUCAGGUUAUCGAAAAAGCCGCAGAUUGAUGUGUCGUAUGCAUUGGUUUGAAUCACUCUUAUAUUUCCAGCGGGACAUCCGGAACCGGUUCCGAAACACUACCAGUUCAGAUAUAGUCUGAGUCUUUUUUUAUGCCAACCUUUCAUUGGGUUAUCAAAAAAGUCGUGCUUUGAUAUGUCGCAUGCAAGAAUUUGGUUCACUUUUAUAAUUGGCCACUUCCGGUGGGACAUCAGGAACCAGUUCGAGAACUCAACCGGUUCAGAUAUGGUCUGAGACUGUUUUAUUGCUAACCGUUCAUCAGGUUAUGAAAAUUGCCGCAAUUUGAUGUGUUGCAUGCAUGGCUUUGGUUCACUUUUAUAUUUGGCCACUUCUGGCGGGACACCCGGAAUCGGUUCCGGAACACUACCGGUUUAGAUGAGGUCUGAGACUUUUUUCUUGCUAACUGUUCAUCAGGUUAUCCAAAAUGCCGCAGUUUGAUGUGCCACAUGUAUGUGUUUCUUACAUUUUUAUGUGUGGCCGCUUCCAACGGUACUGGUCCGGAACACCUAAAUGGCUAUAACUCCGGAACGGCUGGACCAAUCCGAAUCAUUUUCAAUAGGAAACAAUGGGACCAGAUUCCGCGUCGAAUGAACCAUCGGUCAUUAAAACCGGUUGAAGUUUACUGCCAAAAAGUGAUGUGAGUUUUCUUUGUACACAUACACACACAGACAUCACCUCAAUUCGUCGAGUUGAAUCGAUUGGUAUAUGUGACUCGACCCUCCGGGCCUUCUACCAAAAAGUCAUUUUUGGA